GAGCCGGACGAGAGCGAGACACGAGAGAGAGAGGCUUUAUAAAUCGCGGGGAUGCACGUCGUAGCAGUGACACCUCGGCCGACGACGGUGAAAAACGCGCGACGCGAUCGACCGCGAGUGCCGGGCGCAUCUUUCACGGCUUGACGCGCCAAAGUGUCGAGCGAGGCGGCGCGCGGGGCCGCGAUUAAAGGGACGCGCGAACGAGAUCGGAAAGUUCCCCCGGCCGAUGAUCGACGACCGUACUUUUCUCGCGAAGAACCGAAGAGAGAACGUCUUUCGCGCGGCUCGAGGAGACCAAAUAAGCCGAGACAACGAAUCUCGCGGGGCUUUCACGUGAAGACGUGAAAGCGUUCGCGCAUUGCGGGUGGUAGUCGACAUCUCGCUCGUCGUAUCGCCGCGGCGUGAUCGUGCCCGGUCGGGUGGUAGGUCGUUCACGUCGGAUGCCGAACCUGGCCGGAAUUCGCCAUUCUUCCCUUCGAAGAAGGAGAUUGGGAGAUUCUCGGACGCGAGAGCGGUCGACGCGCUUCCGCGGUCGCAGUCGCGCAUCGAUCCGUUGCAAAUUGGAUUGCCGUCGCUAAAACUGCCCAGCGACAGUCGGCCAAGCCAGCUCGGAGUCGGGCGGCUGGUUUCGCGUCUCGGUUGACGUUGACAUCGACACCGAGUUGUUCUGCGAGUAACGAGGGUGCGAAUUUCUACGCCUCGUUCUGCAACAGCGCGUCGGCUAAUUCGCCGCGAAAUAGAAACGCCGUCGCACCUGGAAUGCGCCACAGACGAGCGUAAUCGAGGAAGCGUGACCGUGAGAGGCAAAGAGAGAAAAAGACAGACAGAGAGAGAGAGAGAGAGAGAGAGAGAGAGAGAGAGAGAGAGAGAGAGAGAGAGAGAAUAGGGACACAGAGGAAAAGAGAGAAAGAGAAGUGCACGCGUGCAGGUCGCGUGUGCACGGAUGAGACUUGUUAGCGGAGGAUCAACCGGAGCCGCUGGACGCGCUGAUCGGAUCUUGAAAAGCGAAAGGAUGCAGCCAGGGGUGACAGUGGCUCUUGCCACGGUCUGGCUGGCGGUGGCGGCGGGUGUGGUAGGAGCAGUCACCCCGCGACCCCUUCGCAUCUCCCACGAUCAAUACUCCCCCGCGUCCCCAAGCAGCCACGAGGUUCAACAGGACCAGGACGACUGGAGGGAUCGCGAUCAGGCCAAGGAUCAACCGCUCGACCUUUGGAUCGGCUCGCAAAGGUCGAUUUCGGAGGAUCCAGCCGGCCCAUCUCUCAACGCCGAGCGAAAUUCUCCCUCGGAAGAGCCCGUGAAGGACAUCGCCUUGUCAAAGCAAAACUCCCUAGCUUCAAGCUGGCAGACAUGGCUGCUGAAAAUCGGCGGCUCGGAAUUCGCGGCCGACAAAGUCGAUUACGGCGGGAUGCCGGAAACGCUUCCGCGCGAGGUGCCUCUUUCAGAGCCGGACGAUCCCUUUGUAGCGGACGACACGUUCCAGGAUCAAGGCCCGGGCUCGGUGGAGAUAUACAAGCUGGACCUGUCAAAAGAGAAGGCCCUGUUGCCCACCACCACCACGCCCUCCGCGGGACUGCCGGCAAGGAACAAGAGCAAAGCCCCGAAGAAGGUCGAACGCGUGAGCUCGACGAAGACGAAGACGACGGAGGCGAUUAAGUCAACGAUCAGUCCGAAGACCCUUCACAGGCAAUCGAACUUCUUCGAGGAGCAACGAACCGAGACGCCGGUCAACAGGGACGCCUUCGGCGUCGGCGGCGUGCCGGAGCUACAGGUUGGAUGCGAGGGCCUCGCCGCGUGGUCCCACAAGACGAAGAGAUCGAUAGAUACGUCCGGCAAGGAGGAAGCGAAUGUGCCGGCCGGGCUGUUGCUGAACGUGUCGUCCAUGAUAGUGGAUCUCGAGCACGCUUCCGUCGACGAGGUCGAGGACGAGGAGAAUUACGAGGCGGUGGACGAGUUGUUCAGAAUCUGGAAAAUGGAGGAGCUCGCCGCGAAGAGGAGGAAAUUGAACAGAGGCGACAUCGAUCCCGUUCUCAAUGCUCACUACCUGAACGACCGUCGGUCGGACGAGUUACCGGUCCGGGGAGAUCUGGGCGAGACCGCGUCGAGAUCGAGGGCCCGCCGGGGGAACUCGCGGAAGCUGUCGGACAGUGCCGCAAUGAGAGACCACGAGGAAGCUAACGCGAGGCGAAAGACCGUUUCGUCGGAUGAUGAUAGCAGCAGUCGCGGUCGACGGUUGCUGUGGCUCGCCGAGGCAAAUACCGAGGGAUUUGCGGGCGACGAGCGGAAGCGUGCGAAGUGGCGAAUCGAUUGGGGCUUCGGCGAGGACGAGGGCGUCGUGUCCAGCGACGAGCUGCAGACCGUCAACGAGCGUCGCAGGCAGCACGAAAUGCGAUAUCACCAGGAUCCAGGGAAACGCGACGAGCGACAACGCGAGUCGAAUUCCGAAGUCGAGCAUAUCAGGCGGCAAUACGAGCGGAUGCUGGAGCAGAGACGAAGAGAGGAAGAAGAGCGGUUGCGACGAGUGCAACAGGGUAACCGUAGGACGCCGGGCAGAUGGCAAGAGGAAGAGGAGAGAAGGAGGGACGAGAUGCGGAGGAAACAGUACGAGGAGUAUCGCAGACGGAUAGACGAUACCUCAGCACCUCGACGCGCGGACGACGAGGAGACGCAACGGCAGCAAUUAGAGGAGCGACGAAGACAGCAAGAGGCGGCACGCAAUCGGAUGCAGGACGAAGAAGAGCAUAGGAAGCGGGAAGAGGAAGAGCAAAGACGACGACUGCACGAGGAAAACGCGAGAAGGUCAGGAUUUACAACACCGGUGAGCGACGAAGAAGCGAGAAAAAGAACGGAAGAAGAGCGGAGACGCUCGCAGGACGAAGGGAGGAGGAGACAAGAACAGUACAGAUCGCAGCAAGAAGCGCAGCGACGGAAAGAGGAAGAGGAGAGAAGGCGAACGAGUCAAAGAGGUCCCGCGAGAAAUCUAUCCGAAGAAGACGCGAGAAGAGGACUGGAGGAGGAACGUCGCAGGCAAUGGUCGUCGGAGGAGAGGCAACGGCAAGAGGACGAAAAGAGGCGACAACAGGAUCCGAAGAAAAGCGAGAUGCCGGCGAACCUGAUGCGCUCGGGACACCCGAAUGAACUGGAACGACGCGACUGGGACCGAGAGAGGCGCACGCAAGAGGAAGAGAGACGGCGAGAGCAGAAGCUGCGAGAAUACAUAGCGCGGAAUCGACCUAUCAACGUGAAUCGAACAAACGCGGACAGAAACGACGACGAGUAUCGCGGACAAACAGAGGAGGAGCGCAGGCGACAACAGGAUGAUGAGCUUCGGCUUCAGGAUUACCUGAGGAGGAAACGGCCGCUGAACGUGCCGCCGCAGAGCAAUCAGUCGAUCGCUCGCGAAUUGUUCGACAAGAGGAGACUGAUCGAGGAGGCCAGGCAACGCAGCAGCCACUUUGAUCCAGCAGCGGCGAAAAGACGCGGCCCAUGGGCGCCGACGAAUAUCGAUCCGCGAAGCUCGCUGGAGGAAGUCAGGAGGAGGCAGGAGGCGAGGCGACUGGCGAGGGAACGGCAGCAGAGGUACGAGGCGGAAGAGCGACGGAAGGAACUCGCCAGGCGACAGCAGGACGAAGAGGCGAGGAGGCUGCAAGAGGAACGGUGGAAGGAGGCGGCCAGAAGAGAGGAGGAUGCGAGGAGGGAGCAGUCCAGAAGGUAUGAGGAAGGAAGGAAGCGUCUGGAAGCGGCGAGGGUGCAAGAGGAGAGACGGAGGCAGGAGACGCUGAGGGAACGCGGCUGGGGUGGAGGUCGAACCGUUGAACGAACGAGACAGCCGGAAGCCGCGAGGUCGCCCGAUCAGGACCCUCGUUUGGAGGAGCACAGAAGGAUACAGGACAGCCGACCGAUUCCGAGUUAUUUAGUGCGAGACGACGCCAGGCGGCUGGCGGAGAGGCAGAGGCAGCAAGAGAGGGCCCGAUUGGAGGCCGAGAGACGACGGCAAGAAGAAGAGAGCAGGAUACAGCAGAUGACUGAUCAGCGGAGACAACAGGAGAUAGCUAGGCUACACGCAUUGCCGGUGAGCGCAAGGAUAAUAGUUCGCCCCGGCGCGGGCGGCUCCAGUUCACCGUCGCUGCUAUCGAGGGGUAGCUUCGAGAACGAGAUCGAGUUCGCGGGUAUCAGUCCGAAUCGUGAGGGUGUGCAAGCUGCGAGUUUCCCUGCGCCACCAACUACGAGACCACCCGUCCAGAGUCCUGGACCGUGCAUCUGGGCGGUAGUUCAGUGUUGCUCGCGCAACAACAAUCGUCUCACCAACUGUUUCGAAUCAAUGGGCUGUCCUGGAGUUAAUUGGGACUCUAACCCGUGCAGGCGUUCCGUCACGGAAGCUGCCAGACAGGAAGUCAUGAAGUUCUACGCCGCCGCAGAGAACCCAUGAUAUGUAAGAUUAGCCCUUUGCCUCGCAAGAGACGAAGAGAGAGAGAGAGAGA